CAAAAGUGAUAGAAAAAAAGCUUUUUGAGCUUUAUAUUUCUCUGCCAUCAUCCUUUUUUUUGUUUUGUUUUUUAAAAUACAGCAUUAUUUUUAGAAGGAACUGUGUUUUCUUCCAAGUCUGCUGGGCUACAACAAAAUGGCCGUUAAGAACCAAUUACAGAAGAGCCUGCCUUUUACCCAUAAAACUGACCGCUGGGGGGAUGGGCACUAUUGUUGCAGGAAGUGAAUGGGACAGAGUUGUGAGCGAUGGAGGAAAAUUGUACAGACCUGACGGAGAGGAUAUUACGGCUCACCCUGGAGAUCAUCUACCUGCUGACUGGGGAGGAUAACAUUGUUGCGAAGAAGACACCAGGAGAUGGAGACUACUCCAUAUUUAUUCCUCUACAUUCCUUACUGGUUCCUGGAAGAAAUAAUGAGAAGAAGAUUCUAGAAGUCAUCCAGAAGAUGAUUGAUCUGCUGACAGAAGAGAGUGAAAACUGGAGCAAUAUUAAUGUUAGUGUAAAACAAAAGAUAAAACAAGAAGAGGCAGAUGGUGUGAGGAAAGAACUGGAGUGUUUAAAAGGACACAAGGAUCUCUACAGGGACGUCAUGAUGGAGAAUCAGCCGCCCCUCACAUCACCGGAUGGAUCCAGUAAUGGGAACCCACCAGAGAAAUGUCCCCGUCCUCUGUAUUCCUGGGAAUCCAUCCAGAAAGGUCACACCAUCUCUCACCAUCAUCAGGGGGUAGCAGUGUUCAGUAUCAAAACAGAGGUCAAAGAGGAAGAAGAGAUGUAUGUGAGUGGAAACCAGCCGUCUUUGAAAGAAGCCAAAACAAUGGAGACAAUUAGCAAGGAUCAAUCUUCUCUAGAUGUCAGCACAUGUGGACCCAAUGGAUGGAAUACCCCAGAGGGAAGUCCUAUUUUAUCUGGACAUUAUAACAAAGAAGAUAAUGGUGUGGCACAGUGUUCUCCAGGAGUAAGCAAACCUAACCAUAUGGUUAGAUCAACAGGUUCAUUUAAUUCUGAGGAGUCCAAAGAUAUACCACAUAGUAUUCUCCCAAAUGUCCAACCAAGCCUUCAUAUUGCAGUGAGAUCACCAGAUCCUUCUAAUCCCAAGGAAUCUUCUCCCAAUUAUUUGAAUCCUCUUCAGGAAUAUGAGAAUUCAUUCAAUAAACAUGACUUGGUUGUACCCCAGAGCAUCAACACCAUCGAUAGACGUUUUGCUUGUUCCGAGUGUGAGAUCAGCUUUACAAAGAAAUCACAUUUUGUUCAACACCAGAGAACCCACACCGGGGAGAAGCCCUUCUCAUGUUCUGAGUGCGGAAAGUCUUACACUGAGAAAUCGAGCCUGAAAAGACACCUACGAGUUCACACCGGGGAGAAGCCCUUUUCCUGUACCAAGUGUGGAAAGUGCUUCUUCGAUAAAAGGAGCCGGGAUAACCACUUGAAAGUUCACACCGGUGAAAAGACGUUCUCCUGUCCCGAAAAAAAAUCUCAAGCAGCGUAUACACAGCACCUGAGUCCACUGAAAAACGUAUGGUGGAGUGUUGUAGGCUGAAGUGUUAUGUCCAUCAAACAAUGGAACAAUAAACAUAAGGGCUUCUGAAACGAUCAACCAACCCAUGUGGAAUAUUUUACAUAAAUGUAUGGAAGGGGUUGAGAUGAUUGGUGAGUUUGGCCUUACACCCCCAUCAUAGCAUAUGCCCAAGAUUAGGAAGAGUUUAUAUGGGAUUUUAAAUGUCCUAGAAUAUUUAUAGAAAAUAAAGUUUUUAUAUAUAUAUAUUGUCACAUUGGGGGUUGUUAGCUCUUGUGGUAGAUGCAUUUUCAUGCAGUGAGCCCACGUUUAUUAAAGGAGGGAAACAAAACAAAAGUCCAUUUAGGAAUCUCACGCAGGGGUUUAAACGAUGAUCAGAAACAACUGAAAAAUACUAGCCCACCUGGCUACUCUUCGAUAGCACUGCUGCCAUAGGAACUGGUCCCUUAAAGCAGCAGCUCCUCCAGACCCCCAGUCUUGGGUGCACAUGGCUUUGAAGCCCUUCAACGCACACAGCAUCUGUCCGCACACAGCGUCUGUCUCAACACAGAGACACCAACAGCCAGUGCUGCACACACUUCACCUUCCUCCACUUCUGCUCUCCCAAGCCCUUCAUUAUAUGAGCUGUGUGCACCUGGGCACACAGCUUGCAGGCUGUCUCUAAAAUCUGGACACAGGGUUGGAGAUCCCAUCCCACCCAUAUCUCUGAGGAAUCUCCAAGCCACAGAGCCCCUUGUAGAAAUAAAUAAAUCUGAGAAAACUGCCAGAGCAGUUCCCCGUUUUAAAAUUUAAGCUCUGCAGCUCGCACUCAGCCGAUAUGCAGACUCUGUGUCCACUUCAAUAUCAUUUUCAUUGGGACAGAGCCUCGCUCUGCCACAAUAUAUAUGUA